UUAUCAGUCAGUAGCCAGUAUUCAGUACGAUGUUAUUCUUCAGCGUAUGUUCUUGUCUAGUGUGUUGGUUUCUGAGUUUGUGAAUAUUUUGUGUUUACUUGGACGUGUGAAUAUUUUACGAAUAUUUACAAUCAGUAAUAUUUAUUUGUCUUUUAUACGCUAGAUAUAGUUAAUAUUUUUAUCGAAUUGGCAAAGUUAUGGAGUUAAGUUGUGAUAAUUGUUAAAUUAUGUUUGAACGUCUACAAUAUGAUAGAUAUUUUAAUAAUUUAAUGGGCGCGUCAACAUAUGCCAGCUUAAACGAUUAAAUAGACUAGUUCGAUAAUAUUUUUAAAGAAGUUUUAAUAUGUCAUUCAUGAUGGCUGAUCGAUUACCGGUUCCAAAAUUAUCAACAUAUAUUUCGGCUACAGUCGUAUCCAUAUCAGCAGCCAUGUAUUAUUCAGUAAAAUACAGCUCAGAUGCAGCAAAUGGUUCUAAUUCUGUUGCUCAAAGUGAUAAAUACAACAACCAUACAGAUCCUAUGGAUGUAUACUAUGAACAAAUGCUUAACGUAUUAGCGUUUAUGAUACAGGACCCUAUUUGCUUCUUGGUUUUAUGUAAUAGCGCAAUAUGUGCUACUGUGAUGAUUGGUGCAGCAAUACAGUCACUUGUUCUUGGUAAUUUAAGACCAGUGGAACAUGUUCAAUUUCGUGAACGUUUAUGGAAUUGGGUUAUUUACAAGUUCAUAUUUAUGUUUAUUAUCCUAAAAGCAUACACGUUGGACAAAGUGGCUUUGUGGUUGUUUUGGUAUUCAACCCUGGGUUUUCUUCAUCUAAUGACUAAUUUGUGCAAAGAUCGAUUUGAAUACAUGUGGAUGUCUAUGGGAACAGGCACUCGAGUUAACUGGAAAUACAUACACAUGUCUAUUCUUUUGAGUAUUGGAUUUAUAUUUUCUUUACUUUUAUUGAGUUUCGCUUAUUAUAUUGGUCUAACCCUAUCGAAACAUAUAUUUGCCUUUAUGGUGAUUGAGUGUUUAAUGUUAGCUGGAAGCAUAGGUCACAUAUUUCUUAGACAUUAUAUUCAGCUUUUCCAUCGAAAUUCCAUGAGUCAUACUACAAGUCCUGGAAAAUAUAUAUAUUAUGCUGAACUGGGUCUAGAUCUUGGAAUUCGUUUGAUGGAAAUCCUUCAUUAUUCACAUGCCAUAAUUUGGACAAAUUCGUAUUUGACGAUGGCCGGAUUUGUAAUAUUCAUGCAUAUGAGACAGCUAAUUAGUGAUAUUCAAAAACGGCUUCAAAGACAUAAAAAUUAUUUGUGGGUACAUGCCCAUUUGGAAAAAAAUUAUCCGAUGGCAACUCUUGACGAAUUGGAAACCAACUCAGAUAACUGUGCAAUAUGUUGGGAAAAAAUGGAUUCCGCUAGGAAAUUACCAUGCGGACAUCUAUUCCACAAUGGAUGCUUACAAUCUUGGAUGGAACAAGAACCGUCGUGUCCCACUUGUCGUCUUUCAUUGACUUUAGCUCAUGAACAGAACAUAGGUGUAUCAAAUUCCACUAAUAAUGUUGGUCAAGAUACUUUGGGUACACAUGUUCACACACCUCACCACUUUUUUCACUUUGAUGGUUCUAGAUACUUAUCUUGGUUACCAAGUUUUUCAGUUGAAGUUACUCAUUCACUAAGGCCACCUGCACAAAUGCAAACCUCACAAGUAGAAACAAUGGCUAGACAGGUCAUGCAAAUGUUUCCAUACUACAAUAUGAAUGUGAUAAUCGAAGACUUACUAGCUACCAGGUCAGUUGAUUUGACUAUUGAUAACAUAUUAGAAGGUAGGCUUGUUUCGCCACAACAAUUUGUUGAGGAAGAGCCUUUAAUUGAGACAAUUCCUGCAGUUAAUACAGUUGAACAAUAUAUAACUAAUACAACACCUCCAACAAGGUUUAUUUUGAGUUCAAAUGAGCCUGUAAUAGACCCAAAAGUGGGAAGCCAGUUCUCCAAGUCACCCGAUGAAAGGGAACAUAUGUUAAAAGCUAGGAAACAGCAAAUGAUCAUGAGCGCCAGACAAAGAUACAUGAACAGAGAAGAUCAUCCCAAUGCCUCAUCUAGACUGGAUCAUUAAAUGGAGAUUUUUUAAAGAUAUUAAGACUGUGAUUAAAUAGUAAAUACCCAUAUGCUGUUAGUUGUUUAAAAGUAAAACAAAUUUCACAUGAUAUAUUAUUACAUUCAAGUUACGGGUAAUUUUUUUAAUAAUCUCAAAAUUCGGCCUUUAGUUCCUGUUCUGCUUGAUCAUUUUAUACAAUUUGGUAGUAAAGAGAAAUAUAUUUUAAAUGGCAGUAAUAUUGUCCCACUCCGCCUUGUAAGAAAAUAUCAGUUGAUUAAAAUUUUGAGGUAAUAAAAUAUGAAUUACCUGUAUAUAAUUUAUUUAACUUUAAUGUGUAUCUCGUUAUAAAUAUACACUAUUUUUCAAAUUAUUAUUAUUAUUAAAUAAUAAAAAAAGAAAAAUAUUUCUUAAAUUAAAAACUGCUGUUCAAUUUGUACAAAAAAAGAUUUAAAUAUUGACCGAUGGUUAUUUUUUAAAAUAUCCAAAAUAU